AUGAUCAUAGAAGAGCAGAUGGCUUUUCUGAAAGUAAUGGAUGACAAAAAUGUCAACGGUGAACUUCAGUUUAACAAUUUCAGGAUUGCCUUAAAGGGUUUUGAACAAUUGGUUGAACGUACAGCGGCACAGAAAAGAGAUGAAAGAGCAGGCUUGAUUAUCCCAAAAGAAGAUAUGCUCGAUUAUGACAAGUUUUAUGCAGAAGUACAGGAACUCUUUGGCCCAGAAGUGAAGAAUCAAGAUGUGAAAUGCUAUUACAGAAAACUCUGCAACAAGCCUGAUGCAGCAAUAGACUGGUGUGAGAUCUUUGGAUACUAUUCCUCUGGUGAUGAUUAUUUUGCUACUCAAAUGGAUGAAGAAAAUUCUGUUUUUUUUAUUUCUAAAAAACAACAAAUUGUAAUUCCAGGAAGUAGAAGACGAGAUGUUAUUAAGUCCAUUGUCAAGGUUCCUCAGCUAGACUUAUUAAUAACAGCUUCUCAUAAAGGAUUAAUAACAGUGUUCAAUAACCAGAUGAGAGUUCUGGCCAGCACCAGUGUCACAGAUACCUCCUGGAUUACAGGAUGUGAUUACCUCUCACAGCUAAAACGCGUUGUUGCUGUUACAGAAAGGACCAUUAUUGUCUGGGAUUAUAAAGCUCAAGGGGGCAAUCAGGAAAACUAUUUUGUCAUAAAGCCUAUGGAUCACUGCCUUCUCUCUGUUUGUGCUGUACCUGUGACUGACCAGUUGUGCCAAGAUGAUAUACUUUUAGGGGAUGAUGGUGGUUUUGUAAGCAAGUACACUGUAAAUAGCGAUGACUUUGGACUAAAACAGGCAAAAUCAAAAAAGAGAUCACAAAACCAGAUUUUAGACUCAAAAAGCUUUAAAAGUGUUAAAAGGAAACUACAUAAUGACUGGGUUAUAAAAAUUAAAUAUAUCUCAUCUCUAAAGUGCUUUGGAUCCUGUUCCUUGGACAGCGUUCAUUCAUUAGUUGUGGAAACCCUGAAGAGACUUGAUGAUAAUUUGCCUGUUAGAGAGUUUUCUAUGCCAAGAGGAACAAACACCUUUUGUUACUGUUUAAAAGCAAAUGUGAUUAUCACUGGAGGAGAUGAUAAAGUGCUCCGGUUGUGGCACCCCAAUAUCAGCACUAAGCCUGUGGGGAAACUUGUGGGGCACAUGUUCAGUAUCACUGAUAUCGCUGUAAAUGAGAAAGAGCAACAUGUUGUCAGCCUUUCCUCAGCAAAGGUCUUCAGGGUGUGGGAUAUACAAACACUUUCAUUACUACAAGUCUUCCAUGACAGUCAAGGAGGACCAGGAGAUAUGCAGAUCUAUGCUAUGAUAUAUGAUUCCAAUCACGGCAUGCUCAUUACUGGAUCUAGUGUCAUAAGCAUGUAUCCUUUGACUAGGAUGAUACAAGAGACAAAGCAAGUUCCUCAUACUCAUGAACGAGAAAUCAGCGCCAUGCUUUAUAACAAAUAUUUUCACCAAGUACUUACUAUCUGCUCUGAGUCUAUAAUUAAGGUAUGGGAACUCGAAACUGGCCUCCAAGUAUACCAUAUUUUAGACCCUCAUGGCCUAAACGUUGAACUGACUUGUGCAGAUAUUAAUGAAAGUGGAUUUCUUUUCGCCACAGGAGCAUACAACGGGACAGUUAAAAUUUGGGAUUUUGGCAGUGGGCAAGAGAUGAAAGUGUUGCCAAGAGGGAAAGACUGGAAGGAAGAAGAGCACUCAUUGAAACACCUGAUUUUCCUGAAAGCCCAUGAAAAACACAAAUAUUUGAUACUCACCUUGGGGCAUAAUGGGAAGAUACAAAUGGUCCAGGGCAAGGAAGAAGAGAUUUAUCUUGUGGUCAUAUGGGAGCUGCCUGAUGUCUUGCCUGUCCUGCAAGAUGAAAAUCAUACUAUACAACUGAAAAUGCACGCUAAAGACAAGAACACAAAUAUUCCUUUCCCAGGUGUUGAGUUGAUAGCUGAAAAAGAUUUUUCUAAUCCUACCCAGAAUCCUGCCAUUGGUAUGGAAGUGAACUGCAUGGAUUUAUUACAAGUAGAAGAAUAUAAUUUGAUAGCUACUGGCAGCUUAAAUGGUGUGAUUAUCUUAUGGAAUUUUGUAACAAAUACUGUCAAAGAAUUGUAUAGACCAGAAGACUGCUUCACCAUACGACCCGACAUGGAUCCCAAAUGCUUUAGAGUUAAUGACAUAAUGUUCCUGUUUCGUAGUCCUGAGUGUACAAAGAGAGCAAGUCAAGAAUCUGUAUGUUCUUCAUCCCAAUGCGAGUCUAGUAAGGGUCCACAAAGCAGCAAAGGAAGCAAACAGAGCAUACAUGACAGUGAGGUUAAAGAUGGACGCAAAUCUGUUAUGGUGGAAGAUCAACAACCAAUAUAUGAUAACAUUCCUGGAGGCAUCAGAUUAGAUACUCGGCCACCUCUCCUUGUCACUGCACAUGAGGAUGGGCACCUCCGUUUAUGGACCCUGGAGGGAAAAUUACUGAAAAAUUUGCUACCUUUCACAAAGCAUUCUGCCAUUUCUCUGACAUCUCUACAUGCUGAUUUAUGUGCUAGGACACUAUUGGCUGGAAAUAUGGAAGGACACGUUAUUCUUUUCAAUGUUGGUUCUUUCCUGGAUCCACCGUAUGAUGAAAAGAAAUUCAAGCAGCUGCUUGCCUGGCGUGCUCAUUCUAUGGAAAUCAUUCGAAUAAUCUAUGUAGAAGAAAAACAGUUGGUGAUUACUGCUUCCACCGAUGGCUCAGUAAGACUCUGGCAAGCACUCAAUGGUCACUACUGUGGAUACUUUGGACAGAGAAGGAACUUUGACACAUCGCUGACACAAGAUUUUAUAUUGCCUUGUGAUAUUAAUGAAUAUCCCAUAGAAAUAAAAGAAGAAAACAAAUUUACAAAGAAGCAAACCUAUGAAUAUCCUUUGAUAUUUGAUCAGCAAAGAUGGAAAAAAAUGAGCUCAAUGUCCUUGCUUUUUAAACGUGCACCCCCCAAGGCUUUUGAAGUGGAACAUGAUUUUAAGUUUUUCAAGUCUCUUUCUUCUUCCAAGUCUCAAAGACAUCCAUUGGAAGGUUUCACAUCAGAAAACAAAGAAGCAGGGAUCGUUUUUGGUUCUCUGCCUAUAUAUAGGGUACCAAGUCCCACUAGUCUAAGAUUCCUUCCAUUAAUAGGAUCUGAAGCACAAAAGGAUUCCUCUGAUGUCAUUGCAGAAAAAAGGAAAGGAGGUCAUGUGCAACAUGAUAAACUACAGAGGAAGAAAAGUCUUAGAAAAAAUCUUAUCCCACAAAUAAACCUGGCUGCUUCCUUUUUCCCACACAUCAGUAAAUGA